AUGUCCGCUAAAAUAAGGGAUGAGCUCAUUAGCGCUGUUAUUUCACCAGCUAACCUUAAAUUCCCUAAACUAGCAGUCAACGACAUGAAAUCCAAUGUGGAAUAUAUUCAAGGCGCCUGCAAGGCAUUCGCCGAAGAGCUUGAGACGGCGAUCAAAAAAGCUAUUAAGCUUGCAGAGGAACAGCCCGGCAGGAACUUUACGCUGUCGAUAACCAUAAAAGACAAAAUAAAGGCUGAUGUUUUGAAUCCGACAAGCUACGGCAAUGAAAAGUCCCAAUAUAAGCUUCAAGAAGCCAUCAAGCUUCUACUUCAUCAACUCGUCGGUGCGGCCAGAGGGGCAGCUAAGGAGCUCCACUCUUUAGCACUCGAGACCAGACCACCCGGGUCCAGCCCAGGAAGCAUUGCAGAGAAAAUAAAAGAAGCACAUACAAAUGUUAAGUCACUUAACGGUCAGCUUGACACGGCGACUGGGAAAAUCAGCGGCAGGGCGUCUGGUACCAACCCUAACCACGCCCAAGCCGUCGACAAAGCGAUCGAAGCGGUGGGCGCCACGCUCGAGCAGCAGUUGCCGAACGGCAGUGAUAAUACUCAUGUCAAGCUUAAGGACGCCACAAGUUUCAGCCGUUACAACACGCACGUCUCCCAAGACGAAGAGGCACUGAAAGCCCUUGCGUCCGGUAACCUAGAGAAUAUAAAAGGCGCCCUUCCAGAGGCGAUCAAGGGGAUCAGGACGCAGGUGGAGACGGACUUCCAAGCUGUGAAUGCCGCUACUAAAAAUAAGAAGGAAUUCGCAACAUUGUCCGAAGCCAUUACCUCCAAUCUGAAAUCUCUCACUGAUACCGUAUCACAGGUCGGCCAAAAAAUCAACGCCAAAUUGACUGAGCUUAAGAGUAAGAUCGGUAAAAAGGAACACGCCAUCCAAAACACCGACAAUCUCCUUAAAAGUGAAGUUUCCAAAUACCAACAACAAUGCAUCCAAUCACUUGAAUCCCACGUGGACUCCGAAGUAAAAGAAGCCAUCGAGAAACUCACCACCCAGGCUAAUAAAAAUUAUGUAACAUCUAUCAAAGAGAUGCUGAAUGCAUUCGCCGAUAGGGUGCAAAAGGAAUUGAAGCCUCUGCCUAAGGAUAUCGACACCGACCUGAUUACGGGCUUUAAGGGUUUCAUGAGGACUGUGCAAGGUGUCAUUUCGGAUAACGACACUUCGAGUGUACAUAUUAAUUUGCUCAGCAGUCUUGCAAGUGAGUCCACUGACACAGCUGAGCAGAAAGCACAACUCUUCAAAACGCUGUCUACAAAAUUCAAGGAAUUCGUCGGGCCACUAAAAAGGUAUUUGGACACGGAGAUCAAGAGACUCUAUAAAGACAUCAACGCAAAGAAGAAUCCUCCCGUAUCAAAGACACCGAUAAACAUCCUUACGCCGACGCACUUGACGCCGUGCAAUCCAAACUAA